AUGGCGAUGCGCUCAGCACUCCUGCAGCUUUCUGACAGCGUGGGCGUAGGAAUUCUUGGCCUCAAUCGUUCUUGCUGGGGUGCCAGCACUAGUUCUAGCUCGCCGCAGGAGGGUUGGCUGGGUCUCCGACUUUUGCGCACGCUUGCCGAUUGCAACGCUUAUUUACACCCACAAUUACAGAAUAUCUUAACGACACCAACCAGGCAGCAGCAUGCCGUUCCAGGUCCAUGUCGCUGGCCCCUCGCGAGCGGCAUGGUCAUCAAUGUGCGUGGCUACAAGAGCAAUAAGCGGUCGCUCAAGCCCAUGAACACAGCUGCCAGCUGGCAGGCUAUCCAGCCGCUCGUGAUGGAGCAGCAGCAGCGGCAAGAGGUGCUUGGCGGGACAAGUAAACCGCAUCGGCGGCGAUGGCAGCCUAGAUUGGGCCCCAUCGUCGACACCUGCCUCCCCGCAAUUCCUAAGGUGCUCAUACCUGCUGAGUACAAACGCGUAGGCGUCAUCAUGGGCCAGUACAGCUUGAAGCCCGAGCGGACGUUUGGGAUCGUGCAGUUGGCGGGUUCACAGUUCAAGGUCACAACCGACGACAUCAUCUUCGUAAACCAACUGACGGACGUAGAGGUCAACGACGUCCUGGCGCUUGACCGCGUCAUGCUGCUUGGCUCUCGGGCUGAAACCAUUGUCGGUCGGCCCUACAUACCAGGCGCGACCGUGCUCGCAGCAGUCGAAGAGCACUUCCGCGACGGCAAGGUGCACGUGUUCAAGAAAAAGAGGCGGAAGCGGUACAAAAAGUACCAGGCUCCGCGCGCAAACCUCACCACGCUGCGGAUCUUGCAAAUCCGAGGAAUCCUGCCUGCCCCGGGGGACGAGCUGGCAAUGGUUCCAGAGCUGCCAAUCGAGCCAGUACAGCCCCAGUUCGCCGCGCGGCUGCCAGCCCAGCUUGACGUCGCUGCGGCAGAUGAUGAUGGUGAGGGGGAAGAAGAGGAAGAGCUGCAAUUGCAGCAGCAGGAAGUACAGAGGCCACCAAGAGAUGGAGCGAUGGAUUCCCGUCAGAUGAAGUCACUGGGUACCGUACCGUUAUGCUGUCGCGUCUGGCUGGAAAAGGAUGGUUCUGUGUGUAUCUGCGGUAGGGUUCGCAAGCAAUCAAAACACAUGCCUCUAAAGGGCUACUACGGCAACUCAGGCCAGAAUCCUCCUCUCAUGGUGAUACAGCGAUGA